AUGUGUUUGAAAACGGCCGUUUCGGUUGUUGUGGUAAUAGUAGCGCAGUUGCUCUUGAGUAGCGUCAACACUCUUGAUCCAAAUCUUUCAAGUAACCCUGCGGUUACCGAAGAAACACAUGAUGUGAUCUCUAAAGAAACAAAUGAUACUAUCCCUAAAGAAACAAAUGAUACUAUCCCUAAAAAAACAAAUGAUACUAUCCCUAAAGAAACAAAUUAUGCGAUCCCAAAACAAACAAUUCCUGUGAUCGUCAAAGAAACAAAUGAUGCGACCCUUAAAGAAACAAAUUCUGCGAUCCCAAAAGAAACAAUUCCUGUAGUCGAAAAAGAAACAAGUGAUGCGAUCCUUAAAGAAACAAAUCCUGUGAUCCCUAAAGAAAUAAAUCCUACGAUUCCUAAAGACACAAGCGAUGCUAUCCCUAAAGAAACAAAUCCUUCGAUUCCUAAAGAAACAAUUCCAGUGAUUUCUAAAGAAACAAGUCCUGCGAUCUAUAAAGAAACAAAUCCUGCGACACCUAAAGAAACUAAUCCUGCGAUCCCUAAAGAAAUAAAUCCUGCGAUCCCUAAAGAAACAAAUCAUGCGAUCCCUAAAGAAAUACAUCCGGCGAUCUAUAAAGAAACAAUAGUGACGGGCUCCAACGGUAAAUGCCGAAAAUAUACGAAGUCUCCCGACGACAAUGAGUACCGGAUCGCGUGGCUAGCCCCUAAGAAAGAGUACUACAAUUUUAGCGCCGCCACCAGUGUAGGGGCCAUGAAGCUGGCCCUUAAACGCAUACAGUUAGGGGAACUCAACCACGACCUCAAAGGGGGAACCCUCAGAGCGAAGUGGUACGACACAAACUGCGACUCAAAGCAAGCGCUUCAGGCGUUCGUCCAGUCCAUUGAAGACUUCGAUCCUGAUGUCAUCAUCGGUCCGCCCUGCUCCACAGGUUUGCGGUGCGUUGCGCAGCUGGGCUCAAUAUGGAACCUGCCGGUAUUCAGCUGGGUUUCCGACCUGCUCGACUUUAAGGAUAAGGACAAGUACACAACCCUCGUCCGUCUGUCCGGACCGCUGUACGCCACAUCCGAGAUUGUGCGUCAAACCAGCCUCUACUUUAAAUGGCAAAACUACGCCCUCAUCUCCGACAAGGCGGCGCCCUACGAGGCCGUAGCGGUGGCGCUGCGACAGGCUGCCGGCGCCGAUACCAACUACACCAUCCGGAGCGUCCAUUACGUCACACCCGACACGAAGGACUCCGAAAUCAAGGAGAUGAUGCAGCAGAUCAAAAAGUUUGCGCGAGUAAUCAUCUUCGUCGUGCCAUAUCACAUGCUGCGUCACUACCUGCUGAUAGCCCACUCUCUGGACAUGGCCAAUGGAGAGUUCGCCUUCAUCUGCAUAAACGGAGACGUGUUCACAUGGGAGGUGAUGGAUACGAAGAUUUUGUCUGACUGGGGAUGGAAGAGAAACGACACAGAUGACGAGAAGGCGAGGGAAAUAUUCGAAUCCGUCAUUCAUAUAAUCAUGGACCCGCCAAAUAAAGACGAAGAAUUUCUUAACGAGAUUAAGAACGUGUCAGUAGCAGAUUUCCCGAAUUGGGAAAUUCCGUUCGACGGAUCGGAGCUGGAUGCGCACGCACCCUACCUGUAUGACGCAAUGAUCACGUGGGCAGACUGUGUACACUAUAUUCUCAAUAAAUCCCUCGGGAAUCCUCGAAAUGGUUCACUGAUGUACAAACAAGUGCCAGAAGCGUCCAAAUCUAAGGGAAUCACGGGAAGUAUCGUUUUUAACGAGCCCGGGCGAGACCGGAUGUUGAACUAUCGCGUGCUGGACAUGCUCGAAGACGGCACCUUUUACAACCUGUACCACUUCAAGUAUGCAGAUAAGAAAUUCAUGAGAAUCGAAUCUGACGACCCAACAUUGUACCCUCUAGGGGGUCGAUGGCCCACAAGGGAUGGUAAACGGCCGCCGGAUAUACCUGUGUGUGGGUUCGACGGGGAGAAGUGCGUGGAAGAAAGGGGCAAUUAUAACGGUACAAUCAUCGGGGCGUCGGUGUCGGCGUCCGUGGUCCUUAUCUUCGCCAUCCUCGUACACGUGAUGCUCAGACGAUAUCGCCGGCAGAUGACGCUACAAAGCAUGUUGUGGCAGGUGCGAUCGGACGAGAUUGAUUGUUUGACCGCCAUGAUUACCGGCUCCAUACGGAACAGCUUUAGAAAUCUGUCAAAGCGUAAGCCAUCAUCGAAGACCAUCAAGCGUAGACGCAACAACGUCGGGGAGAUCGAUAACGUACAAGCCGUCACAGGGAACGGAAAGAGGGGCUCGUCACCGGAAUUACAUAUCAAGUCACUUGAUGCCGACUCAAUAUUCGGUUCCGUCGCUUUUGUAAGAGGUAACUUGACGUCGGUGAAGCAGAUCCAGAAUUCCACUUUCAGCCUCACAAAGUGUGUUCUACAGCAGUUAAAUCAGCUCAUGGAGAUGAAACACCAAAACGUGUGCGCCUUCGUGGGUGCGUGUUUAGAACCCGACCGUGCCUGCUUGCUCUGGGAGUACUGCGCCAAAGGAAGCCUUCAUGACGUCAUCUGGAACCAGAACAUCAAACUCGAUCAAAUGUUCAUGUUCGCGCUGAGUCAUGAUGUUGCAAAGGGUUUAGAAUACAUCCACAAGAGCGCAAUACAUUUCCAUGGUAACCUGCGAAGUACGAACUGCGUGGUGGACAGCAGGUGGACAUGCAAGCUGACGGACUUCGGAGUUCCGGCGAUCCGGGAUACGGGGAAGCAUGCGUUACAACAGAACAACGAAGAAAUACCAUGGAAAAAGCUGUUGUGGAUGGCUCCGGAAUGUCUCCGAGAGGAGCGCAAGGACCGGCCUGUAGACCGUCAGAAGGUGGACAUCUACGCGCUUGCCAUCAUCCUUAAGGAGGUCUUCACAAGGUCCGGACCUUUCACAGAGUUCCCUUUCCUUGUGGAGCACGAAAUCAUCGAGAAGGUGCGCGUGCAUGUGCGGGGCGAGAAGCCCUUCCGGCCGAUGUUGUCGCUGCAGCUGCGGCAACACACGGAACUCACAUCGCUCAUCGAGGACUGCUGGCACGAGGAGCCACCAGGGCGCCCUUCCGCAACCCGGGUGCUCAAACAGCUCCAGAAAAUAAACCCGCAAAACCUGUCGAUGAUUGACAACAUGAUCGUGAUGCUGGAGAAGUACGCAAACCACCUCGAGGAGCUGGUGGCAGAGCGGACCAGCGAGCUGGACGCCGAGAAGGCCAAGACAGAGGCCCUGCUCUACCGAAUGUUACCUCAGACGGUUGCCGAAGAGCUCAAGCAGAGACGACCAAUCAAAGCCGAGCAUUUUGAUGAGAGCACCCUGUAUUUCUCCGAUAUAGUCGGCUUCACUACCAUAUGCGCCAGCAGUACACCGAUAGAGGUUGUGAACCUUCUCAACAGUCUGUACACACUUUUUGAUGAUAUCAUCACAAGAUAUGACGUUUACAAGGUUGAGACGAUAGGGGACGCGUACAUGAUCGCCAGCGGCCUUCCAAAGCGCAAUGGUCAGAAGCACAUACAGGAAGUGGCUGACUGCGCGUUGGACCUGCUGGCGUCUGUGUCCACGUUCUGUAUCCCGCACCAGCCGGACCGGAAAGUCAGGAUACGCAUAGGCAUUCACACGGGCCCUGUGGUUGCGGGAGUUGUUGGUCUGGCCAUGCCCAGGUACUGCCUGUUCGGUGACACCGUAAAUACCGCCUCGAGAAUGGAGUCCACGGGCCUACCCCUGAGAAUUCACCUGAGCGCUGAGUCGCGGAACGCGCUGGAGCAGUACCCCGGGUACCAUCUGAUCUGCCGCGGGGAGGUUCCGGUGAAGGGUAAGGGGAACAUGCGGACCUACUUCCUGUGUGGAAAAGACGGCUUCGACAAGGAACUACCGUUUAUGGACGAAGGGGAAUAUGACUCUAUACACAUGCGCGAAAUGCGCGAAUCUGUUAAUUCUAUGGCGUCAAUCGUAUCGAGUACGAGUUCAACGUCGUGCCCGUCAGUGAUGCCAACGCCAAAGACGUCCAACGUCUCGACGACAACGGUGGAUAUCGACGACCGAUAUAAGUCGAAGAAGACGAGUAUUCUGGAAGUCACGUGUUUGUGACGUAAAGUCUGAAUUCAAGAUGGCGUCGUUGUGAUAUAAUCGCGGCCUCUUUUUGAUGGUCUGACUCAGUAUGGCAUUCACAAUUCACUGUGAUUGUCUCGAACAUUUUUGGAGGAAAAACUCGCCGGGAAGAAACGCGUGUUGAUAUGUCAAAUGGUAAAACUGAACGUGCAAGCUUAUUUAAACCAUGGUGCGUAAUUUGAAUGUGAAAAAAAUCAUUUGUGCUUAGACAUGUGGUUCGGUGGCAAAGAUGAAACUGUUUGUGAUUGUUUUAACAGUGCGUAAGUUGUUGAACGUAAACAAUUGGUAAUAAUGCAUUGUACGUACACUUCAAUAAGUGAUCUUUAUAUGCGAAUAAAUGACAUGUCAUGUUUGUUUAGUUUAAGAAAAUAUUAAUUGUGCUUAUUUACCCGAUGUAUUUCUCGCAGAAAUUUCGUUCAUGUCAUUGCGACGAAUGUACAUUAUAAACUCAUACAUUGUCAUUUCGUAAGUGUUGGUUGUCAAAUACUAGGCGUGUACAUAAAUUUUGUGUGUGUGUUAAUUCGUUAACGAGAACGCGGUCAGCAACUAAUGUGUUUAAUUUAUUCUUGCAGUGCUAAUAAAUGUUACUAUAUGAUCUCGGACGUAACUCUCAUGUUAAGACAAUUGUAAUCGUGUAAAAGCCACGUGUGUCAUCUAUCAUGUGGGAGUCACGUAUCAUUUGUCGGCUGGUAUCAUUAAUAUAGCCAGUGCAAUUAAUAUGUGCGGGUGGAAAAAUAGUUCGCAACAUUUCAUGUAUCAUUUUUGUGAUAAAAAUUAAUAUCCCGUGUAAGACGUUUGCCUGUUAAAGUUAUCAUGAACAAUAAAUUGUUUAUGUUCGCGUGUUCAUGGCAGCUGCAUAUUCAAUAAUUGUACCCCCGUCAUGCGAAAAUGUGUCUUAUGUCAUAUACGCAGAUGCGCAUGCUGGUCUGGAGCUACGCUGGCCGCAUAUGACAUACGAUCCGUUUUCGCUCAACGCUGCUCAUUAGUUGAGCAUAUCUACAAAAACGAAAUAAAAAUGAUCAACCUGCAUUUCCAGAUAAAUUGUGGAAAGGUCGUUCAAACUCUAAUCAUGCAAUAAAAAACAUUAAAAUAACACUGAAUUAAAAUUUACUUGCCUAUGUACUUUACCGCUAUUUUACCGCUGUCGUUAAAAUGACAUAAUGCUUGAUUAAUGCACUAGAAUGGAUGUUUGACAUUUAUAUUAUUUCAACUUGCCACAUUUACAUUUUGGACAUUUUGUUGUCAAUAAUUUUAAGUUGGUUGAUAUGUUUACACAGUGACAUGUAUUUUGUUACAAAAUAUUAUUUUAUCAAAUUAAAAGUGCCUCUUGAA